CACACUUUUGUUAACGAUUUGAGGCCAUUCUCUUUCUGUAACGUGACGAAUUAAGUUAUAACAUUGAAAGUCUGUAAACAAAAUCACAUGCUUGACGCUGAGUUUCGGUGUUUUGUGACCUGCAACCAUGGAAGAUCCAUUGAACCAACGCGGCAGAAUAAUAAGAACUCCAACUCCGCAACAGGUGGAGGCAUCAGCUGAGAUAAAACAAGAACCGGAACUGGAUAUGGAAUUGCUGCAGCAAGCAUGCUCAUGGGAUUUCAACAUCAAUGAUCCAUUAAAGGAAGAAAUCGAAAUCGGCGAAACGCGCGUAACAGCUCAGGAUCCGCUUUCCACGGUACAAGAAACUGCCUUCAAAACUCAACUAAAAGCAGAAGAAAUUGAAGAUACUGAGGACAACAUAUAUGAUAUUGAUUCAAACACAGACAUGAGCAUAUUGUGUGAUGAAAUCGAUUCUGGAGGCAAUAUCAAUGUCAUCAACAGUCCGCAUCUGAUUCCACCGGAUUUCUUGAAGAGCUACGAGGUCCAUAUUCAGUGCGACUAG